AUGUAUCGUUUCUUUCCACCCGAGACUGUUGUUGGACUUUCUCUUAUGGGUUUCGCUGGGUAUCAUACAAUCGAAUUGUUUAUGUCACGUGUAGAUAUUCGUCAAUUUAUUCGGCUUCGUUCAUUAGCUAUCUCGAAUGUCUCUGACUCUAAUCUCAAUACAAUACUACGACAGAUCACUACUAGUUCUCUCACAUCAUUAUCGAUUUCGUCGUUAAUGAUCGAAAGCGAAGACACAGCAGCUCUUUUAUCAUCAAUUAUUGCACAAACCAAUCUUGAGGAAUUAAAUAUGACCGAUGAUUGUUAUGAAUUGUAUUAG